GAGCAGCAUCAAGUGGGAUUGUCUCGGACCACGGGCCCUAUGCAGCCUUCUGUCCCAGCGGGCUCCAGCAGUGUGGUCACAGGCACGAGCUCCGGGGGUCCCUUUCUGGGAAACCAGUCACAAGCAGCCCUCAUGAAGCAGAUGCUGAUUGAGCAGAGAGCCCAGCUGCACGUGAUAGAGCAGCAGAAACAGUUUCUCCGAGAGCAAAGGCAGCAGCAGCAGCAGAUCCUCGCGGAGCAGCAGUUGCAGCAGCAGUCACAUUUGCCUCGGCAGCAUCUGCAGCAACAGCGGAGCCCAUAUCCAGUGCAACAGGUCAAUCAGUUCCAAGGUUCUCCCCAGGAUAUAGCAGCUGUGAGAAACCAAGCAGCGCUUCAGAGCAUGAGGACAUCCCGAAUGAUGGCCCAGAACGCGAGCAUGAUGGCAAUGGGUCCCUCGCAGAACCCGAGCACACUGCCCACGACCGCAGGCCAGUCAGACAUGGGCAUGGCUCCAUACAGCAACGCCUCUUCCAGCCAGCCGGGAAUGUACAGUAUGAGCACAGGGAUGAGCCAAAUGUUGCAGCACCCAAACCAAAGCGGCGUGAACAUGGCACAUAACGCAGGCCAGGGAACGAGGCAGGCUGCCUCUGGACAAGCGGUGGGAAUGGUCAGCAAUUUUGGUCAGAACAUGCUGGUAAAUUCUGCUCUUCCCCAGCAUCAGCAGCAGAUGAAAGGACCAGUGGGCCAGGUCUUACCCAGGCCACAAGCACCACGGCUUCAAAACCUGAUGGGGACUGUCCCUCAAGGAACACAGAACUGGCAGCAGCGAGGCUUACAAGGCAUACCUGGAAGGACUAGCAGUGAAAUGGGACCCUUCAAUAACGGCACAACGUACCCGAUGCAGUCUGGGCAGCCACGGCUGUCCAAGCAACACUUCCCACAGGGGCUUAAUCAGACAGUUGUGGACACGAGUGGGACAGUAAGAGCCCUGAACCCAGCGAUGGGGAGACAGUUGCUGCAACCACUGCCUGGGCAACAAGGAGCCAGCCAGGCCAGGCCAAUGGUGAUGCAGGCAAUAAGCCAAGGGGUCCCCACGAUGUCUGGCUUUAGCCAGCCUCCAACGCAGCAAAUGCCAGGUGGUAACUUUGCUCAGAGCAGCCAAGGCCAGGCCUAUGAGAGGAAUCCCACUCAGGACAUAUCUUACAACUACAGUAAUGAAGGAGCAGGGGGGUCAUUCUCGAGUUUAGCAGAAGGCGCAGACCUUGUGGACUCCAUCAUUAAGAGUGGACCAGGGGAUGAGUGGAUACAAGAACUUGAUGAGUUGUUUGGAAACCCCCAGUGAAUGGGCUUGUAUAGUCUGGAGCUUUGGUUGUUACGUUUGAAAACAGAAAAGAGAGAGAGCUGGAUGUUCUCC